UUGACAACGUCCGUCUUCGAUUAAGACUCAAUUGUGAAUAAUUGUUGCAUAUUACACCGCUUGUCAAAAUGCCAAACAAUAUCGUUGUCGUCGGUGCCGGCGUGAGCGGCCUUACGUGCGCCAUGCUGCUAGCACGAGACAAAGCAAACACUGUGACGAUAGUUGCAAAACAUAUGCCGGGAGACUAUGAUAUCGAAUACGCAUCGCCAUUUGCCGGUGCAAACGUGCUUCCCAUGUCCGAGAGAGAUGGCAGCCGAUGGGAACGCCGAACAUGGCCAGAAUUGAAACGCAUUUGCGAGGAGCUUCCUGAAGCCGGUAUUCAUUUCCAAAAGGCUAUAGCGUACCGCCGCGAACGCGACCUUGAUCCCGCUCACAAUGCACUGCCCAUGGAUCCUCUCUUUCUUCAUGACCCAUGGUACCAAGAGCUGCUACCCAACUUCCGUGAACUCAACACCGACGAGGUCCCGGCCGGCUAUGACUCUGGUUGCACCUUUGACAGUCUCUGCAUCAAUGUGACAACUUACCUCCAGUGGCUGCUUGGUCAGUGUCUGAAGAACGGCGUCGUUGUCAAGCGGGGCAUCAUCUCGCACAUUAAGGAGGCCAAGAACCUCAGCCACACUGGCUUACCCGCCGACAUGGUCAUUAACACAACGGGUCUCGGUUCAUUGAAGCUCGGUGGCGUGGAGGACAAGACAAUGGCUCCAUACCGUGGGCAGACGGUGCUCGUACGCAACGAGUGCACUCCGAUGUACGUCACAUCUGGUACUGAUGACGAGCCUGCCGAUUUGUUUUACCUUAUGCAGCGAGCCGGUGGUGGUGGAACCAUCCUUGGCGGAACAUACGAUAAGAACAACUGGGAGUCGGUGCCAGAUCCCAACGUUGCCAACCGCAUCAUGGAGCGUGUCGUCAAGCUUUGCCCGCAAAUUGCUGACGGAAAAGGCGUGUCGGGAUUGAGCGUGAUUCGACAUGCUGUCGGUCUGCGCCCAUACCGCGAAGGUGGUGUGAGAAUUGAGAGGGAGACCCUAGAUGGCGUCGAGGUUAUUCACAACUACGGCCACGCCGGAUGGGGAUACCAGGGCUCUUACGGCGCUGCAGAGAGAGUCAUUGAGCUUGUGAACGAGGUUCGUGUUGCCAAGGGCGAAGAUCUAAGCGGGCAAGCAAGGUUGUUUGUCUGGGACGAUGGAAGCAACCCUGCCUACAACCUGUAAGGUAGACUAUUCUGUACAUCGACUUUAGACAAUCGCGCUUCUGUCGCGAACGCGUGCUCUUGGCUAGUCUUUUGCCAGCUGGCGGCCAGCUGGUGCAGCCGUCGCGCGUCCGCGACAUACGUAAAUACACGCAUAUAUUAAAAUGCCAGGACCUCGAUGGUAGAAACCUGUAACUAAAUGACAGUCACUACAAUGUCUUUAUAUCUUAAGAGCCCCAGCUACCAAAAGUACAAAGAAUUCUCGAAACGGCCCCCUGGUCUACCGCCGUAUGCUCACACUCAGCGAAACCAAGUGAUACUUUGCGUUGGUGAGCCAAGGUGUCGAUACGAGAUUUCGGCAGGCCAGUACUGUCCUGCAGAGAAAUUCUCAUCCUACCCGGCGUUGAAACGCCAUAUUCGCACCCAUGGACUUGAAGUCGCAAAAGGCAAGCGUGGGACUUAUUGUCCAUCCGCCAGAUGGCGUUGAUUCUCUGGUAUAAUCAGCUCAUUGAGGUACUGUGUAAGCUAUAGCCUGACAGUAGGAAAAUGUAUUUACAAAUAAAUAGCACUAUGAAAUAUCAACUUUCCUGUACUCAGAGAAUACAGACGUAGAAACAAAGGGUAAAGCAGACGCCCGUGAACAGCAGGGGGAUACAGACAAAUAACUGACAACUUAAUUUCUCUCUUUUUCCUUCUUACACCGUGUAUUUGCAUAUUCUAUUAUGAAUUCAUAAAUUUCUCAAAUAAAGAUAUCAUCCCUGUGUUCCUUUCUCCUCUGUUCGUCAGUCG